UUACCGGGAUGCAUUGGUAUAUUACUAAUGCAUUAAUAUAGUUAAUUUUAAAAAUGUUUGACAUUUAAAUAGAGUAAAUUGUCCUGGAGUUUAUUUUAGAAAGUUACACAAUUUAUUCCGAUUUUUCGACUCAAAGCAAACAAUGGUGAAUUCAACUAACUCUGUUAUCAAAGUUAAAUGGCGUAAUGAUUUGAACUUUUAUAUUACACCUCAAGACAUCUUGUAUGAGGACGAUAAUGCGAAAGUUAUUAGAGACAAAUAUCCUAAAGCUAAACAUCAUUAUUUAAUUCUGCCACUAUCACCGAUCGCUUCUAUAUAUGAUUUGAACUCAUCACACAUUGAAUUGCUAUGCAAUUUACAUAAGACAGCAAAUCGUAUCAUUACAAUGACAAAUUUACCAAGAGAGUAUUUUAAAGUAGGAUACCAUGCACUUCCUUCAAUGACGCCAAUACAUUUACAUGUCAUAUCGAAAGAUUUUAUAUCUGACAGCCUGAAAACUAAAAUUCACUGGAAUAGUUAUAACACAGACUUUUUCAUAUUCUCUGAAGAUGCAAUUAAAAUUCUUACAGAAAAGGGAACAUUAUCAAGUUUGAAAAACAUAAAUGCAGAUAUAGUAAAAAAAGUAGAUCUGAAAUGUAACACAUGUCAAGAAAUAUUUCCUACAAUGCCAUCAUUAAAACGUCAUCUUUUACAACAUCAAUAUCUUUAUACAGAAAGUAACUCUGUUACAUCAUAGAAGUGUAAUUGUUUUUAUGAAUG